UGUUCUUCUUAUAUGUAUCUACACUCAACCUGCAUUUCUACCCUGUCUUUUUAUUUCACUUUUAUUUUCAUAUAUUAAUGUUAUUGCUAUAAAACCCUAGCAAUCACACAUCUACAUUGACUAUCGUCACUGUUUCCGGAUCUGAGAAAAAUGGCAAUAGAUCCGAGACAGAUAGUUGCAGGUGUACUUACACUCACCAUGUUUUUAAUGCUUGCCGACAUGAUUAAACGUGAACACAUUGAUGCUCCAAUCUCUCAUAACGUGAAUCAUGCCGGAUUCAGCCAGAGUUUCGACGACAACACCGACUCGGAGAAGAACUUUGCAGUCAGUAACGACGGUACAUGGAAGGAGGGAGGUGCUGUUCUUAGACCUUGUUGGUCUAAGUCAAUUUUAGAAGAACCAGAAGAAUCUAAAGGGUUUGUCACAUUCUCAUUAACCAAUGGACCUGAAUAUCAUGUUUCUCAGAUUACAGAUGCAGUAGUAGUGGCAAGAUACCUCAAGGCAACGCUUGUGAUUCCGGACAUUAGGGGAAGCCAGCCUGGCGAUUGGAGGAACUUUGGAGAUAUUUACGACAUUGAAAAGUUCGUAAGUAGUCUAGACGGAGUGGUAAAAGUAGUAAAAUCCCAACCUUCCGAAUUAUCAACAAAAGAUCUCGCUGUUUUAAGAAUUCCAAAUCGAGUAACCGAAGAAUACAUCGCAAACAACAUCGAACCCGUGUUUAAAACCAAAGGAAACGUAAGGUUAGCAACUUACUUCCCUUCUGUGAACAUGAAAAGGACCCGCACACCCGAAAACGAAGAGAGAAAUUCAGUCGGAUGUUUAGCGAUGUUCGGAUCACUUGAGCUACAACCAGAGGUUCGCGAAGUGGUUGACUCGAUCGUUGAACGGCUCAAAACGUUGAGCCGCAAGUCAGACAGUGAGUUUGUUGCAGUCGACUUGAGGCUCGAUAUGCUGGAUCAAAAGGGUUGCCAGGGUUCGAAAAAAUGUUACGGCCCAGACGAGAUCGCGUUGUUCUUAAAGAAGUUAGGGUUUGAUAAAAACAGUGCCGUUUAUUUGACCCAAUCUAGGUGGGAUAACAGUCUUGAUUCAUUGAAAGAUCUCUUCCCGAAAACUUACACAAAGGAAUUGAUUAUGCCGAUGGAUAAGAAGCAGAAGUUUUUGGGAUCGGAUUCAUCGGAGUAUGAAAAAGUGAUCGACUUUUACGUAUGUUCAGAGAGUGAUGUGUUCGUGCCCGCAAUUUCGGGGUUGUUUUACGCAAAUGUUGCAGGUAAAAGAAUAGGUUCAGGGAAGACUAAAAUAGUGGUUCCUGACGAUUCUGCAUCCGCUGGUUCUGAACUGGGAAAUUAUAUUUCGAGAUAUGUAUCGAAGAAGACCCACAUGGCGUAUUCAUGUUUCUGCUAGAAUGAUACAAUACAGUACGAUACAAUACCCUUUGCAUAUGGAAUAAGUGCUUGUAAUGGGGGUUUAGAUUGGUUGUAUUUUACUAUUUUUUUGUUUUGUUAGAUUGAUUUUGAUAUAUUUAUGCAAAAAGGAGCUCUGAAGAGAGUGAGAAAAGAUAAAUCAUGUGUUAGUGUUUAUAUGUAAUCUUUGAUACUAUGAAUUAUUGGAGAGCAAUAUUUAUCAAGAUA